CUCUGCUUCACUGCACCUACUCUUCCAUUUCAUUCUAUUCCACCCCUUUACCAAGAAAAUCACCACCACCGACCGCCAUGAAGUCCUCCGCCGCCGCUACCACCACCGCCACCACCACUGCCACCACCACGACUACAUCAAAUGUGACGGAUUUCCUCAAAGCUCCAAAGUUCGUCAAAGUUACUGCCGUUGCUCUACUCUCCAUCUCCCUUGUAUUCAUUUUCAGUCGUUUCUCCUCUUCUUCCUUCCCUUUUUCUUCCCCCACGCUGUUACUCUCAUCAUCUUCCUCCUCCCCUAUCUCUACCACUCUCUCUGUCCCUCUGGAGAUCUUGUCUCCUCAUUCUCUGCCAGCGCCACGUCCACCGCCUCCUCCUCCUCCUCCUCCUCCUCCACCGCCUCAACCUGCGGUGCAAAGGACGGGAAUAGUCGAUGAGAGUGGAGCAAUGUCGGACAACUUCUUGAUUGGGGAGUUGGACUCAAACUCUACUACUUUUACCGAUGUGUUGAGUGACACGGAACAGGAAGGGAGGGAAAAGGAGAAGAGUGUUCCUGAAGUCAGGAUUAGGAUUGUGAAAUACGAGUCAUGUGAUGCGAGCAAGAUGGACUAUAUACCCUGUUUGGACAAUGAGGAGGCGAUUAAGGAGUUGAAUGACAACACCAGAGGGCAAAAGUACGAGCGGCAUUGUCCCGGGGAAGGCAACGCGUUGAAUUGCUUGGUGCCAAGGCCGGAAGGGUACCGGAUUCCCAUUCGAUGGCCACAGAGUCGAGACGAGGUGUGGUUCAGCAAUGUUCCCCAUACCCGACUUGUUGAAGAUAAAGGUGGGCAGAACUGGAUCUCAAUAAAAGAUGAUAAGUUCAUUUUCCCUGGAGGUGGUACACAAUUUAUUCAUGGGGCAGAUCAAUAUUUGGAUCAAAUUUCAAAGAUGGUUCCUGACAUUGCUUUUGGACACCGCACUCGGGUUGCUUUAGACAUUGGUUGUGGAGUAGCAAGUUUUGGUGCAUUUCUGCUACAACGCAAUGUCAUCACUAUGUCAAUAGCACCAAAAGACAUUCAUGAGAACCAAAUACAGUUUGCACUAGAGCGUGGAGUACCUGCUAUGGUUGCAGUGUUUUCCACACACCGCUUAUUGUAUCCAAGUCAGGCAUUUGACUUAAUGCAUUGCUCAAGAUGUAGAAUUAAUUGGACUCGUGAUGAUGGAAUGUUGCUCCUUGAGGCCAAUAGGAUGCUAAGGGCUGGAGGAUAUUUUGCAUGGGCAGCACAGCCAGUGUAUAAGCAUGAAGAGAAUCUACAAGAGCAAUGGAAAGAAAUGGAAGACCUUACUAGGCGCAUUUGUUGGGAACUUGUAAGGAAGGAGGGGUAUAUUGCCAUAUGGCAGAAGCCUUUAAACAAUAGCUGCUAUCUUAAUCGUGAUACUGGAGUGCAACCUCCUCUAUGUGAUUCCAGUGAUGAUCCAGAUAAUGUUUGGGAUGUUAGUUUGAGGGCUUGCAUUACUCGAUUGCCCGAGAAUGGUUAUGGAUCUAAUGUUAGCACAUGGCCCACACGACUUUAUUAUCCACCAGAUAGGCUUCAGAGCAUAGAAAUGGAUGCUACCAUCUCAAGAAAAGAAAUCUUCAGAGCAGAAUCUAAGUACUGGCAUGAAAUAAUGGACAGCUACAUAGGUGUUUUCCAUUGGAAAGAGAUGAAACUACGCAAUGUGAUGGACAUGAGAGCUGGAUUUGGAGGGUUUGCAGCUGCAUUGUAUGAUCUUCAAGUUGAUUGCUGGGUUAUGAACGUGGUCCCUGUUAGUGGAUUCAAUACCCUGCCAGUUAUCUAUGACCGGGGACUUAUAGGAGUUAUGCAUGACUGGUGUGAGCCCUUUGAUACCUACCCAAGAACUUAUGACCUAUUGCACGCCUCUGGUCUCUUCUCUGUUGAGCAGAAGAGAUGCAAUAUCUCAACAAUCAUGCUUGAGAUGGACCGAAUGCUAAGACCUGGUGGACAUGUUUAUAUACGGGAUUCAGUAUCAGUUAUGGGUGAACUUCAAGAAUUAGCAGCUGCAGUGGGAUGGGUAGCUUUGCUACUUGACACAGGUGAAGGUCCCCAUGCAAGCUGGAAAAUUUUGGUUUCUGAGAAACGUAUGUAAUGAGCUUUGCAAGUCUUAUUAUGGAGAUACCUGAAACCUCAGCAAGAAAGUUGUCCCUACUAAUUCUUUACUAUUCAAAUGUAAUCUACCUUCGUAAGGUAGUCAAGCAUGCUAUGCUAAGUCGCUAACAGGAAUUCCUUUCAUUUUCUUUGUCAUUAAAAUGUAAUCUACCUUUCCAAUCUUGUUCUUAUUGUAACAUGUACAUUAAGGAGCAGAAGCUUUGUACAAUUUAAACUCUGAAAAAGAAGAAUGCUUUCCGUUCUUCCCUUCAUUUUCUUAGUCUUACUUAAAAUAAGAUCAUUGAAAAAAA